CUUACAGAACUAUUCUGAGACAACAAUUAAAAUGAAAGUGCGAGGUAAAUACCAUCGUAUUCUCCUCUAGACGACUUACUAAAUCUCAUUACUCUAGAUUAUUAGCUCCAGACUGAAAUACUCAACCAACACAAGAUAUAUUCACUUGUUUUAACGUUCACUUUAUAGAUUUAAUCGAUAUCAUUCAGUCAAUCGAAACAUUCAAAAUUGUAACGGAAAAAAAGAGAUUCAUAUUAUCUAAGCAGGAUAUAUGCAAUAGAUGUAUUACCAAGUCUGUUAUCUCAUCUAAUUUAAUGCCUGCAUCGAAUAGAUAGUGACAAUAUUACUGCUAACACAUUUGUUAACGAGUCCAUUUAUUUCCCAUUUAGCCAUCCGUACUUUUGGUUUUUUCCUCCCAAUUUCUACAACAGUCUCCACACGCAUGCGCACCACUACCAAGCCAUCUUGAUUCAAUGCAGAAAUCUCUUGUCAGGAAAUAUUUCUCAUUGUUUUGUUUAUAAAUACCGGAUUAUGGUUUUAAAUGAAAGAAGAUGACAUUUGACGGACCCCAGGAUGAAUCUAAGGAGUCCAAUACAGCCUUACUUGAGCAAUUCUCUUGCGAUUCGUCAGGAAAUACAACGAUUUGAAAGUGUCCAUCCCAGUAUCUAUGCCAUCUAUGACUUGAUAGAAGCGAUCCAGGAUCCGUUAAUACAACAACAAGUUCGCGAACAUGUUGUUUGUAUUGAAGAUUCCUUUGUGAAUAGUCAGGAAUGGACAUUGAGUAGAGCUGUUCCAGACUUAAAGUUGGGUAUUCUUGGUAGUGUGCAAAGCGGCAAGUCUGCAUUGGUUCACCGUUACUUGACUGGAUCUUAUAUGCAGGAGGAAUCACCUGAGGGUGGUCGAUUCAAGAAAGAAGUAAUGCUGGACGCUCACAGCUAUCUUCUUCUUAUACGAGAUGAGGGUGGUCCACCAGAAAUGCAGUUUACUCAAUGGGUGGAUGCAGUCAUCUUUGUAUUUAGUCUUGAAAAUGAAAUGAGCUUCCAGGCAGUUUACAGCUAUUAUGCCAAAAUGGCACACUACCGUAAUCCUACAGAAAUCCCCUUAAUACUUGUGGGGACACAGGAUGCCAUCAGUGAAAGCAAUCCACGUGUGAUUGAUGAUGUACGGGCCCGUAAACUUGCAAUAGAUUUGAAAAGAUGUACAUAUUAUGAAACCUGUGCAACAUACGGACUCAAUGUCGAACGUGUCUUUCAGGAUGCUUGCCAGAAAAUUGUUCAGACCAGGUAUCCCCAAAUUUUAGCAUCUGUAAGUGCAGCUGCUGCUGGUACCUCUACCACUUCAACGUCUGCUUCCACAUUACCAAGCACACCUAAUCAUUCACAAAGGACUUACUUUCAAUCGAAACCUUAUGAUAGCCACAGUACUAGCAGCCAGUCAACCUCCAGUUCGGGGACACUGGUCACCACUACUGGUACACCAAACAGCAGUGCUCAUAGUUUAGCACAAAUAUCAGGAUCUUCCUCUAAAGAUCUGAUGUCUAGAGAGAAAGAUAUGAGAGAAAAGGGUGAAAAAGGUGAUCGCCGACAGAAAGAGAAAUCGGACAGUGGACCACCAUCGACAGAUAUGCAGCUUUUGAAUGUACCACUGUUCAUACAAGAUUCUAAGUUGGAUUUCAGGGUUGCGCCUGGUUCAACACCAGUUGCUGUCCGCAAGAACAAACGAACACCUUCUGUACACAAGUCCAACUCCUUCAGUGGUGCAAGUGACUUAAGGCAGCCUCCCACUCCAUCAAGCACUCCUAUUCUGGGUUGGAAAAACAAAAUCAAAUCUAACUCUUUGACUGGUAAAAUGGAUAAGUUUAUGAUGGAUUUCAGUAUACACAACAGUAGUCCAUUCACGCCUCUUCUGACUAGAAUGGCACAAGUCCGAUCCAGCCUGGUCAUAGACAGACCGGAGGGAAAAGAUUUACCUACACCAAGCAGUACGCCUACACAGAGUAGGAAAAAUCGGCGGAGAUCAAAUCUUUUCAAUAAAAAGGAUGAUGAGAAAAAAUUAGAAACAGAAAAACUAGGAAGUGGUCGAGUUAUACCUAUAAAACAGGGUUAUUUAUAUAAACGGAGCCAUGGCUUGAACAAAGAAUGGAAGAAAAAGUAUGUGGCUUUGUUAGAUGAUGGCAGAUUGACCUAUCAUCCUAGUUUACAUGACUAUAUGGAUGAAGUGCAUGGUAAAGAGAUUAAUUUGGUGCGGACGACAGUGAAAAUUCCUGGUCUGCGACCAAAGGGCAGCCGAGGGAUAUCCACCAAUCCAUCUGUAAUGGGUCCAGCAAGUAUGACAACAAAUGGUAAAAGUACCAAAGAGAAAGAAAAUGUUAUGUUAACAGCAUAUGAUGGCCUUCGAGAUGGUCAGCAACGGUUACAGACUAAUAUGGAUGAUGCAAUUGUGAUUUCUAACUCCUCUAUUACUCCUGGAAUUCCAAACGGCAAUGCUGGGGAUUCAUUUUUAUCAAAAUCAGGUGAUAAUAAAAAUAUAGGGUCAAAAACGGAAACUCCUAAUGUGAAGAAACGACAUAGACGAGCAAAAAGUGGAGGCCUUAAAAGUAUUGAUCCUAGUCAGUUAGACGAUUCUGAUGGUUAUGAAUUUAUCAUUGUUUCACUUGAUAGCAAGCAAUGGCAUUUCGAAGCUCAGAGUGUAGAGGAACGUGAUGAAUGGGUGAGUGCUAUUGAACAACAGAUCCUGUCCAGUCUCCAGGCAAAUGAAAGCUGUAAGGCAAAGAAUACCAGUGCAACUGACCCAGCCAGUAUUCAGGCUAUUCGCAAUGUGCGAGGAAAUAACUGCUGUACAGAUUGUGGAGCAACCAAUCCUGACUGGGCCAGUAUAAAUCUUGGUGCUCUUAUAUGCAUUGAAUGCUCAGGAAUUCAUCGGAACCUUGGAACCCACCUCUCUCGAGUACGGUCACUUGAUCUAGAUGAAUGGCCAGUUGAACAUAUUCAAGUUAUGACCUCUAUUGGCAACAUUAUAGUGAAUUCUGUAUGGGAAGCAAGUCUCAAAGGUCGAUCCAAACCUGGUGUAAAUGCCUCUCGAGAGGACAGAGAAAAGUGGAUUCGAGCCAAAUAUGAGUGCAAAGAAUUUCUCCCGCCCCCACCCUAUGUUGAUAUCCCCCUCAAUCAGCAAUUGAUAGAUGCCUUAGUCCGAGAAGAUAUUAGAAACAUUAUCUUGCUUUUGGGACAUGCACGAGCUGAGGAUAUCAAUGCCCCCUAUAGCAAAGAUGAUGGACGUACAGCUUUGCAUAUAGCGGCUGCUUUAGGCAAUGUCGUUUUUGUCCAACUACUUCUUUGGUACAACGCAAAUGUCAAAGUGCUGGACCAUGAAGGUCGUAAUGCCUUGUGGUAUGCUAGGGGUUCUGGUUCUCCAGAAUGUGUCACUCUAUUGCUCACAAAUGGAUGUCCAGAACAUCCAACUUUACCACGGCGCCGAGGAAGUGUCCAACCGGGCAAAACCGACAUGUUCGACAAGUUACCAGCAAGUGUUAUUUAGUUUUCUUCUCAUCUGGUGGCAGCUGAUAAUUUGGCAUCAGCGGUUUGUAAAGAGAAAAUCCUAAAAGACAGUUCCCCCCACUAGCUCUAGGGGGAUCCUGAGUGGGAUGAAAAACAUGUCUGACUACACUGCAGUUGCUUUUCUAAGAGAGACAUUAUGUUGAGCUGAUUGAUUGGUCACCUGUAGCUAGCCUGAUGUUUGAACCUGCUAAUGAGGCUACUAUAUGAAGAGAAUGCCAAAUCUGUUACAGUAUAACUUUGCUCUUCUUUUUCUACUUUUGGGACUAAAUUUCUCUGGUAGCAAAGACGACGGCAUGAAGCUUAGCAAAAUGGCAUGAGAGCUCAUAUAUUUACUUCAUUGAGGCAUUCUGUAACUUGCUUAAUAGAAAAGAUUCUUUUUUUUUUUCCCCCCCUCAAAAUGGUUAAACUAAAAUUGUACAUUUGCCAUCAACACAUUUUUAAAUUCAUUUCUCAUUUUUUUAUCAUAGACACUCAUUGUUUGAAUAUCACUCGCUUUGGUCAACGGUGAUUUGAAUUUUUUUUGUUCUUUUUCUUUUUUUUUUUUUUCUUUCCUUCUUCUCCUAGCCGAAUGUGGUUCAGUAUAAUGUGUUAUGAUAAAUGAUGAAGCUUCAGAAGUCGUAGAUUUUGAAAUACCACAAUUUACAAAAAAAAAAAAAAAAAAAAAAAAAAAAUUGAAAUGAAACAUAGUCAAGGGCAAGGUUUUUUUCUUACCUGUUAAGCUUGUUUUUAAAUU